AUGAACAGUAGCAGUCCGAGCAAAAAGGUGACUCAUGGGCCUAGUACUGCUGUAACAUCGUGGCUCAUCACCGCUACACCAUACACCGUACACCGCGAUCAUGUGACCUACGAGCUGUUGAGCGCAACUGUGGAGCAAAUGGAGCUUCGGCCAGUUCACACUCUGUGUUUGCGACCAGCCUGGCGAUUCCACACCAUGGACCCCAUAGUGACUUGUGUACGACACCGCAGUAGAGCGCUGUUCUCACACGUCUUUCAUUUGAAUCGUGGUUACACCCGAAUCACCCCUCAAUUGUCGUCGCUUCCCUCUCGCACCCUCCGCCCAUUAUCAUCCUCUGUCCGCGCCGCUGCCACCCCUAUCCCUUAUCGCAAAAACACGCCGUAUCUCAGAAUCGCUGCUAGAGGUGUAUCGACUAUGGCUACUGAGCCCCAGUUCGCGGAAGGUAUCGAUGCCGAGCAGUUGCGGCCCCGGGUGGACGCACUGGUCGGGAACGGUUGGAAACUGGAUGAGGACGGCACGGGCGUGCUGAAGACGUACUAUUUCAAGACGUAUUUCAAGGCAGUGAGCUUUGUCAACGUCGUCGCGUCGCAGAGUGCGGCCGAAAAACAUCAUCCUACUAUGACUGUGAGGAUUGGUUCUGUCGAUGUCCACUGGACAACGCAUCGCCCUCGUGGUCUCACGGAUAAGGACUUGAACAUGGCGCAACACUGCGACGAUGCAGCGGAGAUGAUGGGCGCGGUGGACCAAGACAAGGGCAAGAAAUGUGGAUAG